GCAUAAUCGAUUGCUCUGUGUGCUUCCAGGUUAGCUCAAACAUUGGUGCUAGCAAUCUUUGACUGUACGUUCUAUUACUGAACGAUAAACUAGGACUGUACGUCCUAUUACUAAACGAAAAUGUCUGUCGGUCGCUUUUUAUUACGGACUUCACACCUGAAUACGAUUAUUAGCAGAAAUGCCUUCACUGCCACUAAACCAGAUCCCUUCAGGCCAAAUAUGCUUCGAGUGGGACUAACAUUUGGGAGCACAGCUCUUUUGUGGGCACUGCUCUUCAAGCAGCACAGCAUGGAUGUGCAGGAAUAUAAAACAAGAAAUGGACUUUUGUAAUUCAUGGAAACCUGGCCUGGUUCAUGCCUCUUCAGACAGGAUGUCAGUUUUUCCUCCUGUAUGUGUACAGUGGUCUUUGAUGAUCAUGAGUAAUAUGUAAUAAAGAUGUUUAUGUAUUAACUAUUACCCCCA